AUGCCAAGUGCAUCGCUCAUAAGUGAUUUUCAACGCUCAUCAUCGAAUUCGUCUUUGUCAUCGUCGCUUUUACUUGCUGCUUGCCAACAGCAAUCAUAUGAUAUCAAUGAUUUGUCUUACUGCUUUGAUCAACAACAAAAAUUAUCUUCGCCACCUACACCACCCUCGUUAUUAUCCUCAGCAACAUACGAUUCAAUUGGAAAGAAGAGUCAAAAUAUGACCGAAUGUGUCCCGGUGCCUAGUUCGGAACAUGUUGCUGAAAUUGUUGGCCGACAAGGUUGUAAAAUAAAAGCAUUACGUACGAAAACAAAUACGUAUAUCAAAACUCCUGUUCGUGGUGAUCAGCCUGUUUUCAUCAUAACAGGCCGAAAAGAGGAUGUUUAUCUAGCUAAGAAGGAAAUUCUUUCCGCAGCUGAACAUUUCUCUCAAAUCCGUGCGGCUCGAAAACAAAACAGUGCGAGUACUUCAUCCAAUAGUAGUACAAGCAGCGGAAGUAACACAAAUUUACAUUACAAUAGUUUGAUCUAUCCAUCAACAAACGUUCAACAAAUCACCAUUCAAGUCCGUGUACCCUACCGUGUUGUUGGUCUAGUUGUUGGACCCAAAGGUGCAACGAUAAAACGCAUUCAACAAACAACCAAUACUUACAUCGUCACACCAGGUCGUGAUAAAGAGCCUGUAUUUGAAAUAGCUGGUUUACCGGAAAAUGUUGAAGCCGCUAAGGCAGAAAUCGAAAGUCAUAUUGCUGUUCGAACAGGUCAAACAUCAGAUAUGGAUGAAAAUGAAUUUGAUAAAGAAUUAUAUCCAAUCACCGAUAUCAUCGAUACCAAUCAGCAAUGUUCGAAAUGGAUAAAAUUAAAUAAUGCUUCAUCAUCAUCAACAACAAAUGCAAGCAUAACGACAGGAACAACAAAAUUUUCUCAUCAUUUAUCAUUACCCUUUCCUCAAGAUGAUAAAAUCAAAUCAACUUAUCGAAGUGUUUCACAAUCAUCAUUUUUCUCUUCAUUCAAUGAUCCAUUAGAUUUCAAUUCCUCAUUUGAGCAAAUUUCCGAUGAAAACUUAGAUUCCGUCUGGCCGAAUUUCAAUUUUAUAUCAAUGAAAACAUCCAUGGGUUUUGCUUAA